UCACCUGUUGUUGUUUCCGUCUACGGCCCGCGUUGUUCUUGUUUUGUUGUUGGCGGGUGCGACGUGCGAUCCGGUCCGGGAUGCAGACCAACGUGCACAUCGACACCAAGAACCUGAGGCCCUCGCCCGAGCACAGGAUCAAGGGACAGAACAAACGGGCCCUAGAAGCUGUCUUAGGCGAGGAAUUGGUUGUUAGUUCGCCUAAUGAGAGGAACUGGCGUGGCAUCUUCAUAGCCCUGCUGGUCAUUGUAGCAGUACUAGGCUUAAUCGUCUUCAGCAUAGUAUUAGUGUCCCCUCCUGAGGAAGGACCAAGAACUAAAGGGAACAAGCCAACCCUAGAAGAUAUUUUUCUUAAAUUACCACCGCCAGCCAGGUUCAAUGGCACAUGGAUAUCAGACUAUGAAUUUAUUUACAAAGAUGACCAAGGAGGCAUCACAUUAUACAAUGCAGAUAACCUGACGACAACCAUCAUCAUGACUAACUCCACAUUUAGACAAUAUGAAGUAGUGGACUUCAAGAUUUCCAACGAUCUGCGUUACGUCUUGCUCAUCAGUGAUGUUAAGAACGUGUACACGUAUACAACUUUAGCCCGCUACUACAUCUAUGAAAUAUCUACCAGGAUAAGAAAGCCGCUAUCGCCGAAGGAGCUGGACGAAAACGCGCCUUAUCUCCAAUACGCCACCUGGUCGCCGGACGGUACGGGCAUCGCUUUCGUUCACGAGAACGACAUUUACUACAAGCCGAAGGUGGAGAAGGAUCUGGUGUGCAGGAUCACCAACACGGGACAGGCUGGUGUGGUGUUCAACGGCGUGCCCGAUUGGUUGUACGAGACGGAGAUUCUGAAGGUCUCCCACACGGUUUGGUUCUCGCCCGAUGGGAUGUAUCUCUUGUAUGUGACGUUCAACGACACCCUGGUGGGAGAGUACCGUUAUCCUUGGUUCGAGAGCGACAACACCAAGGUCACCUAUCCGAAGAUCAAGUCUUUCCGAUAUCCGAAGGUGGAGUCGCCGAACCCCGACGUGUCAGUUUGGAUAGUGAAUCUGACGAUGCCAAAGUACUUGUUUCCGUUCGAACUGAAGCCGACAAACAGUGUUGAACCAGGGAGUUAUGUGACCAGCGCCAGUUUCAACGGGGAAAACAACGUUGCGGUUAUAUGGCUGAACAGGCUUCAAAAUACCUACGUGAUUGUCACAUGUCGUUCCCAAAACGCCUACAAUUGCACCGAUUUCCACAUAGAGGCCGAGCAUAUCGGUUGGACGGAGCCGAUCUUCCAUCCAGUCUUCAACGAGAACGGGACAAAAGCCAUAGUCCGAUUGCCGGUUAAGGACGGCGACAACGGACAUUACAUGCACGCCUGCGAGCUGCACAACAACAAGGUCCGACCGUUGACUCACGGAGCCUUCGAACUGGUCCGCAUCCUGGCUUGGGACGAGGAAAACCAAGACAUCUACGCGAUUGGAACAACCGAAAAUUCACCCGGAGUGCGUCACUUAAUCAAAAUAACGGAUGUCGCAUCAACGCCCGACUGGACCUGUAUGACCUGCAAACCCGAACUGGAUCCGAAUUCCACUCUAAGCGAAUUAAACGAAACCUUGGCGAUGAAAUCGCUCAUGCUGGACUACACGUGCGACUUCAACAAUGUGAUAUUCAGCAAAAAUUUCAAGUAUUAUAUCCAGGAAUGCUUGGGACCAGAAAUUCCGAUAGUAGCACUCGUAAGAACGUCGACGAAUUCCCGACUCGCCGUGCUGGACAGCAGCCACAAGCUGCGCAGAAAAGUCAAAAAACUAUCGCCCCCGCAAAUCAAGACCAUAUCCGUUGAGAUCGAGUUCGGCUACAAGGCACAAGUACGGCUCUAUUUACCGCAAGUUCUGAGAGAAUACGAAGACGUCACUUUCCCCCUAAUUCUAAUAGUAGACGCAUCACCGGCCUCCCAAACCGUCUCGUCUAAAUGGGAGCUAUCCUGGCCCUGGUAUUUGGCGAGCACCAGGAACUAUGUGGUGGCCAAGAUAGAUGCGAGGGGCUCCGGCUUUCAGGGCGUUAAAAUGCGUCGCGAGAUCCAAAGACGUAUCGGCCUAAUCGAGGUGCAGGACCAGCUUGCCGUUCUCACUUAUCUCAGAGAUACUUUCAAAUACAUCGACAGGAGCAAGAUUUGCACGGCUGGCAAAGGUUACGGCGGAUACGUUUCGGCCAUGAUGCUUCUGCAAGACUUCCACCAGGUCAUCAACUGCUCCGUCAGUAUUUCACCGAUAACUAAUUGGAAAUUCUACAAUUCGUAUUUUGCCGAAAAAUACUUAGGAUUCCCGUCGAAGCACCUCCAAGAGUACGACAACGCCGAUUUAACCAUGAAGGCGACUAAUUUGAAUGACAGGCACUUCUUGCUUAUUCACGGUACAGCCGACACAAAGGUAACAUCAGAACAUUCAUUUGUGUUGGCCAAAGCGUUAGUGGAACAAGAAAUUCUCUUCCAACAAUUGGCAUAUCCAGAUGAGAAGCACGAAUUUAGAGCAAAGGCUUUACUACACAUGUAUAAAGAAAUCGAUCAGUUCUUCAACGACUCCUUUGGUCCCGUUAUUGACGAAUGGACUGUGGAUGAUUCCAGUAGUUUUUUCAUAUAAUUUCCUCGCUAAUUAACUAAUUUCAUCUCAAAAAAUUGAAUUAAGGCGUGAUCCAUUAGCGACAUUAACCAAACACAAGUAAUAUCAAAUGAUAACCAAAGAAUUAAAUAACUAAAAACGUCCAUUUUUCCUAGAUGAAAUUUGGUCUAAAUUGAAUUUUAUAAUUGCGUAUUUUGAGAGUAAACAAUUUUAUUUGCUGGGGAAAUAAAGGGAAUGGGAGUGAAGUUGAAGUUGAAGUAACGAAACGAAAAUUACUAUGAAUUUAUAUAUUGAAAAGUAGGAGGACAAUAAAUCUCACUAUAUAAUCGAAUUUUUUAUUACCAUUUAUAUAUGUCCUAUUUUUACCAAUUAAUACCAUUUUAGUACACUUAAAAAUUCAUAGUAGUGUUUCGAAAAAGAACCUCGAGGUUGAAUGUAUCGUUCAUUCGAAAGAAAGAAGUUCCAUCUGUAAAAACAUUAUUUUUAGUAGAAGUUUUCCUUUUAUUUGAAAUUGCUUUCAUUUCUAAAUAUUUGAUAUAAUUGAUGGAGUUUAAAAAUACAAUCAUAUCACUCUCGACUUAUUUUAAGAUGUAACCCAUGUCUUUAUAAUGAACGAUAUAUAAUUGUGCGUAUUCAAUAUUGUUCAAAAAAUUGUAUAUAAUAUAAAGUGUCAAAAUUGUAUUUCUACUCCAAUGUUUAUUUUAAAAAUGAAAUUUUUAUAUUAAAACAUCUAGUUAGACAAUGUUUAUAUGGCACUGAAUGUUAAAUUAGAAAAUUUAAAUUUGUAUACACAUUUAAUUAAAAAAAAGAGUAGAGCCGCAGUUUUUUUCAAGACCUACGACUACCAAAGUGAUAUAAGUAGUAUUUAUUUUUGUAAAAAAAAAAUAUAAUCUAGAAAGUGUAAAUUAAAAAAAUCUAGCCUAGAAAUGGGUUUUUGGGCGAAACUGCGCUAAAUUUUGGACCACAAAACGAUAUCAGAGUACGUAUAAUUUAGAUGUUUAUAUGUUAAUUGUUAAUUCAUGUUUUAUGUAAAAAUAAAAUAAUAUCCAAUGUACAUGUGCUAUGCAUUAGUCGGAGAUGCGAUACAAAAAUAGCUACAUAUAUGUUUGUAAAAUUGUCUGCUAGGAAAAAGGAACAAAUUUUAAUCUAAUUCUGUAAAUUUUGUCUUCCAUAUUGCUAAAAUUCAAGUGUAUUCGAGAAAAUUUAGUUACUCCAGGCACUAUGUAUUAUUUUAAAGCUCUUUUGUGUUUCUUUUUCCAGCAGAUUCUUUUGAAAUCUAUUAGGAUAAUUUUUCAGAGAUAAUAUAUGUUAUAUGGUAUGUUUAGCUUUAACAAAAGAACUAUAUUAAUGGAGAUAUAUAUAUAUGCUAUACUCGACUUUUUUUAUUUAUUUUUAAUAUAUAAGCUUUAUAACAUUCGGCUUAAUGCUCAAGUAGUACCCUUUAUCAUAAAACCACUCUAUGGAAAUAAUACUGUUGAACCUAUUACAUGGAUGAAUUAUAUUCAUUAAACUUUUUCGGACGUAUUCUAGUAUCAAAAUGCUUUGUUUCAAUAAAUUUCUGACUCCUCUUAUUAAUCAACGUCAAAGGUUCUUUAACUUUAAUAAAAAAAACAUUCACUAAAAUAUUGUAAGAAACAAAGUAUUUUGAUUAGGUUUUAAAUAAAAUGUACCUGUAGAUAGAAUAAUUAUCGUACAUUCCAAUUUUUAUAUAUGUAUAUAUGUGCCUAUUAUAAGCUUUAUCGUUAAAAUGGAAAUUAAGAAAAUUAUAAGUUAUGUUGCAAGUUACGUAUAAAACCCUUGAUACCUAUUUAUUGUUAAUAAUGUUAUAUAUGGAUAAGAUGUACUGAUUUGAAUGUGACACCAAGCCAAAUAACUAAAUGUUACAAUUUAUUCAUA